AUGGACGAGGCUCAGAAAUGUCUGGAGGAAGGUGGCGAAGGUUUGAAGGUUCACCUAUUUUGGCAGAAUCCUGGUUUCGCAUUACCAUGUCCAGGUGAGGAAGAGGAUCUAUAUCUGGAAAAUCCGAAUUUGAGUCAAGUAGUGGACGAGAUAUUUCGGACUGGUCGUUGUGGUUGUGUGUUACUACCUUGGUCGUUGCGUGAACGGGGGCGUGGUCUGGUGCGCGGAUUGGGGGUGUCACGGCCGAGUACUGGGUCUCUUGUCCGUGACAUGGAUUCGAUCCCACGACUGCAUGAUUGCCGGACGCCUCUAGGACGAGCAGGCUCGUUGGGCCCACCUGAGUCGCGCAUCGGAGUGUUGGUACGCAUGAUGUACUGCACACUCCUUUCCCCGUCAUCAACUGUACCUGAAUCAGAACCAUGGGUCCCACGACGACUUAAAGCACAACGUGGACGCUUUGAGAACAACAAAAUUGAACUCUACGACAACGUCAAACAAUCUUGCGUUAUCAAAAUCAAGGCUGUCGCACGCGUCAGAGUCCAUCAAGUCGAAGACUGCGGACCCGUCUCACUUGCCUUCGCAGAACCCGUCUGCGAAAAAAACAGACCCGACAUGGACAGCGAUGAAAACCGCAUAAAAGCACUUGCACUACGAACUAAAAUCAUAGCACUCAGAUCCGGUAUUGGCCAAGCCGGCAGACUCCUCUACAACCGCCGGUACGGUGACGUACCCGUGAUCCCUUCGCGAUGCGGAAUUUCUCAAUUGGAGGAGAUAAGUUUCGCUAUUAUGAUCCCGUUGGCGAUUCCAGCUAAGAUGAAGAACAAGAUGAUUCAGGAGAUGAACACGGAGCAGAGGUUCGUGAAGACGCUAGAGCUACUGAAUACGAACGGCACGUCCAUGCUGCGAAUGGGGCUGAGUCAUUCGACGAACCGUGACUGGCUGAGCAGAAUCUUCCUGGGGGGUUGGAAUCAGUCUAUAGCACUUCUCAUAAUCACCGGCAUCUCCCUGUUCCUGGCUCGCGCCUUUUCCUCGCAACAUGGCAAUGCCGCUUGGUAA